UUAUCCUUAAAGACUCAAAUUUAUCAAACGGUCGAAUAUGAUUUCAUGUAUCGGUUCUUCAUUGAUUCAACAACCCAUCAAGUUCCAUAAACCCUUCCUAAACCCUGCCAAUUUCUUCAUCAAAACCCCUAGAACCCUAACUUUGAUUUGUAGAGCAGAAUCUUCAGAAACUAGUAACCCUAACAAGCGUAAUCCAUUAAAGGGUAAAGAACCAUACAGGAAACACCCCAGAAGAUCAAAAUACGGAACUUCAAGAAGAUCAAUUUUGAAGAAAACAUUGAAUCAAGAACAGCUCAUUUUCACUACCCCAAUUUCAGAUGACCCUGUUGUUGCAAUCAUUGGUGGUGGAAUGUCUGGAUUGAUUUGUGCACUCAAUUUAGAGAAAAGAGGAAUAAAGUCUACAGUUUUCGAUACUGGGGUUCAUGGUUUGGGAGGAAGAAUGGGUACCAGGAUAAUUGAUACUCAGCCACUGGUUUUUGAGCACGCAGCUCAGUUCUUCACUGUCAGUGACUCUCGGUUUGCCGAAUUGGUUAACGGAUGGAUGGAUAAGGGUCUUGUUCGGCAGUGGGAUGGAGCAAUUGGAGACCUUGAUGUAGGUGGGAAGUUUACUCCUAGUACAUCUUCAGCUCCGAGGUAUAUAGGUGUGAAGGGGAUGCGCCCUCUUGCAGAUUCAAUUCUUUCUCAGACAAGCAUGGUUAAUGUAGUGAGACCCUGUUGGAUAAGUAAAAUUGAGGCAUUUAAUGGAAGGUGGUACUUGAGUGAAAAUGGGAAGCCUCAGGGCCAGUUUGAUGCAAUUGUUAUUGCGCACAAUGGGAAAUGCGCAAAUCGCCUGCUUGGUACAUCAGGUUUACCAAUGAUAGCAAAGCAAAUGAAAGCGCUGAAUCUGAGUGCUGUUUGGGCACUUCUUGCAGCAUUUGAAGAUCCUCUUCCUAUACCCUUUGAAGGAGCUUUUGUGAAAGGAGUCGAUUCGCUGUCAUGGAUGGGGAACAAUACCAAGAAACUAUUCCCCUCUCAAAGCAGUGGCCCUCAGUGUUGGACCUUCUUCAGUACAGGCGAUUUUGGAAAACGUAACAAAGUUCCACAGGAGAAUAUCCCAAAUGCCACAGCAGAGAGGGUGAAGGAAGCUAUGAUUGAAGGUGUUGAGACUGCAUUGGGGGUACCCAAAGGAUCACUUCAGAAACCCUUUUACACCAGGGUUCAGUUAUGGGGAGCUGCUCUUCCUACUAAUACUCCAGGAAUUCCCUGCAUUUUCGACGCUCAGGGAAGGGCGGGAAUAUGUGGUGAUUGGCUGCUUGGUUCAAGCUUAGAGGCUGCAGCAUUAAGUGGGAUAGGUCUUGCAAGUCAUAUUGCAGAUUACUUACAAAGUAGGGGAUCCAGUCCAGAUGAGUUUUCUGUUGGUUUACACGAGGAAUUUCAACCAACUGAAGGAUACGAUAUCGGGCAAUUUCCAAGUGUAGAGACUACAGAACAAGUAACAGAGACUCUGGCGUGUGGCAAAUAAAAGUUAGAACCAAAUCUGAUAUAGUGCCUGGAGUUGGAUUAACAACAACACUCGUGAAUACUAAAGGUGGAGAUGGUAGACAUGCACUUCAUUUUGCUGCUGCAGAAGGGGAAGAUUAGAUGUUCUUCAACUACUGAACAGGUGAAACUUGACAUUGAUGUCAAAGACAAUUCAUUCAGGCGACACUCCCUUGUGCUGUGCAGCAAUAGAAUGACGUUUGAGCGUUGUAGCAUAUCUUCUGGAAAUUGGUGCCAAUCCUGAAAUACCAAAUGAUACAGAUAUGAUGCAUAUGAAUCUUUUGCAUCAUGCCUCUAUGAAAGGACAUAAUGGAGUCAUAUCCUUGUUACUUUCAAAAGGGAUUAGCAUAGACGUUUCAAAUGGUUUUGGCUCACCCCUGCAGCUUGCUUGUGUUUUUGGCCAACACGAUACAGUUAAACUUCUUCUGGAUCACCCAAGCCAAUCCCAGUUUGUCUUCCACGAGGUGGCUACUUCAGUCAUCCAUCCUUUCCAAAACUUGGCAAUGCGUGGAGAAUUUACUCAAGGCAGGUGCUGAUCCAAAUGGUGGAUCAGAUGGAGUCAAAGCUCUGCCACUAGCAGCUAAAGUGGGGGUAAUACAAAUCAUCGAGCUGUCAGUUGAAGCUGGUGCGGGUCCAAAUUUUACAGAUAUGGGAAGCUAUCUGUAUUUGGACUUAAGCCAAUAGAAGAAGCAGCUAUUGAUGGUAAUCGUCAAGGUGUUGAGAUUCAUUUUCCUGAACAUAUGUGGACUUGAGCAUUGAUGGAGUGAUGGAGCAUGCAAAUUCCGAAAAGUUCAAAAAGCAGUUUCCUUCUUUCAGACAAUGGAGCUCAUAAGUGUAAAUUUAAAAGAAAAGUAGAUAUACAUUAUAUUGUACGAAUUCUUCACUAUUGGCAGAUGAUUCAUAAAGAGAAGAUUUUUCUUGAGGCAAAAUCAAUGGGCACGAGUGCAUUGCGCAGGAAGGAGUAAUGAUCUGGCAUCAUGUUGGUACACAAAGGUCCUUUUCUUUAUAACUGAGCGUGUUAAUGACUUUGUAUCUCUAGUGCGUGCUGGCAAGGCUGGACGGGCCAAGGGCUUGCUACAGGAAAGGAGUAGCACUCAAACUACUGAAUGUAUGUAUCCAGUUAUUUUUGAAAUUUUCUGCAAAUUUUAGUUGUCAGCAAAUUUUUAAAAAAACUACUUCGUUGUUCUUUUUAGUUGUCAGCAAAUUUCUGUUUUUGAAAGUCCUUAUUCAAUAGUCUUUGCUGUAAUAAUUGCCAUAGAGGCUUGACGAUGUAGUAGAAGCCUUUUCCGAUGGCUUGAAGAUGGAUCCUGAAAACAAAGAGCUUGAAGCUGCA